UAAAUAAUUUUCGUGAAACAUGAGUUGCAUAUUGUAUUUUAAAACAAGACCCAUGUUUUAAACAUUGACGUAGAAUUUAUUAUUAAUCAAGGCGCUUUGCAUUCUAAUUUCUGAUUUAUUUUUCAUAAUUACUCAUAAAUAAUUAUGUAUUUCCAUGAAAUUAUGGAAACGAAGGGCUUUUUUAUUCCAGCAAAGUAGAAAUUUGUCACAUGCAGCAUCUAUUAAUUCCCAUUUUUCACAAAACAAACUUUUAUUCAUCAAUUGCCACCCAACAAAUCCAUACGUAUUAUACAAAUCAUAUCUUCCUGAAGUAAAAAGGACAGUUUUUCAAUUCAAAUCAUCUUGAUUCAGUUUUUCAUUUCAAUACUCGAGUUACUUCACUUUUCCCGAAGAACAGAGGUUUUAUUUCAUUUUUAUGUGUGUAACUUCUCUGGUACUUAAGAAUUGUAGUGUUUUCAUUUUGGGGCUUGUUGCUGCGCUGGGUAUUUUUUAUUUUUUGGUUAAUUACUUCAUUUUUUUGUUGCUCUUGAUUUUAGAUGGAAACAGCAGCUGCUUUCGGGUCAUCUUUCAGCUGCAUUUCUCACGGAACUCCCAACCGGUUCUUCCGAUCUGGAGCUAUCCGACCCGAGUUCCUGUGUUUUGGAUCCAAAUCCCUGAUCUCAACCCCAUGGCUUCAGCGCCAACAGUCUAUUUCUUAUGUGAAGCUCUGAAACAAGAAAGUGAAUGUUGUAACCAGGAAGGGCGCUUUGAUUAGAGCAUCGAUGCAAUCUUCUGAUUCUGCUGGUUCAGAUGCUCCUAUUGCUCCACUUCGGCUAGAGUCUCCAAUUGGACAAUUUCUCUCUCAAAUUCUGUUAAGUCACCCACACCUUGUUCCUGCUGAAGUAGAACAGCAGCUCGAGCUGCUUCAACUGGCCGUGAUGCAGAUAAAGAGAAGGAAGAACCAGCUGCAUCUGGCACCGACCUAGUAAUGUACAGGAGAAUUUCUGAGUGAAAGCUAAUGAAAGGAGAAAGGCCUUGGAAGAGAUAUUGUAUGCCUUGGUGUUACAGAAAUUCAUGGAUGCCAAUGUGUCAUUGAUACCCACUCUCAUCCCAUCAUCAGACAAUUCUGGUCGAGUUGAUACAUGGCCCAGCCAAGAAGGGAAGUUUGAGAGUCUCCAUUCUCCGGAAGCUUGUGAGAUGAUCCAAAAUCACCUGGCUCUUAUUUUGGGAAAUCGAUUAGGUGAUUCAACCUCAGUCGCCCAAAUAAGCAAACUAAGGGUUGGCCAGGUUUAUGCAGCAUCUGUGAUGUAUGGAUAUUUCCUUAAGCGAGUCGACCAACGGUUUCAGUUAGAGAAGACGAUGAAAAUCCUUCCACAGGGGGUUGACAAUGAAGAGAUUGAAAUCCAACGGAAGAGGAAGCCUAGUCUUGAAAGCAGUGACGAGUCUUUUCAGAAUGCUCAACCCCACCCCGAAUUGUCAUCAUUGUCUGGUGGUGGCUUUAGUGCCGGAGGUUUCGGUCCUGCGAUGAAGCUUUCAAGAUUGCGAACUUACGUGAUGUCGUUUGAUGGGGAGACACUUAAGAGAUAUGCAACGAUCCGAUCUAAAGAGGCUGUUAGUAUCAUUGAGAAACAUACCGAAGCAUUGUUCGGUAGACCUGAAAUUAUCAUCAUACCUGAAGGGACCGUUGAUACUUCGAAAGAAGAACUCAUCAAGAUUAGCUUUGGUGGUCUGAAGAGACUUGUUUUGGAGGCGGUGACUUUUGUUUCAUUCCACCGGGACGUGGAGAGCUAUGUCGACUCAAGGUACCAUUUUGUUGCAAAUUAAGCUCUGUUGACAUAAAAUUUGUUGGAGGCUUUACUGACCUAAAAUAUGCUGCAAUGGAAAGACGUGUUGGGCUUAAA